GCGCUGUUCAAACCUGGCCGAACCCGAAACAUCACUCUAUAUAAAUAAAAAAAACCUAAAACAGAGGUUCGUCCCUCUUACUAACACUAGGGUUUACAGAGAAGCGAAGAGGCGCAGCUGUAGCAGUAACUCGUGGAAUUGCUAGCAAUGGCGAGGAUCAAGGUUUACGAGCUGAGGCAGAAGACGAAGGCUGAUCUGUUGAAUCAGCUGAAGGACCUCAAGGCCGAGCUUGCCUUGCUUCGUGUUGCUAAGGUCACCGGCGGUGCACCUAACAAGCUCUCUAAGAUCAAGGUGGUGAGGUUGAACAUUGCCCAGGUUUUGACGGUGAUUUCUCAGAAGCAGAAGGCCGCGUUGAGGGAUGCCUACAAGAACAAGAAGUACUUGCCUCUCGAUCUCCGCCCUAAGAAGACCAGGGCUAUUCGCAGGAGGCUUACUAAGCACCAGGCAUCAUUGAAGACAGAGAGGGAGAAGAAGAAAGAGUUAUAUUUCCCACUGAGGAAAUAUGCUAUCAAGGUGUAACUUUAGAGCAAUCUUAUCUGUUAAUUGGACAUUUACCUCCUUUAUACUCGCCAAGUUUUGAUAAAUCUCGUUUUGUAGUUUCAUGUUGGAGUUAUUGCUUAUUGGCUGUGUUAAAUUUCAUGUCUUUUAUAUACCUGGGGUUUCUUGAAGCUACCAGGAUUUAUUUAUGGGUAUCGUUAGUUUCCGUUCAAUAUUGAUGAAUGCGUUACAUUUUU